AUUUUCACAUUUCUCUCUCUCUCAAUGUAUUUUCUCACAUUUUCUUCCCUGGUAAGAACGGAGCCACUACCACCGUCGGUGCCCAACACCGUAUGACUUUCGCUGAUGGAUUCUUAAUCUGGUUGUUGAAGCUUGGAGGAAUUGGAGAGUUGGUGGUUUUGAUUUGGGACGGUAAGUCAGGUUUAGCGUUUUCGAUUGGGGCCAUUGCUUUGAGGAAGGAAUUCGGGAUUUUGUUGGAUUCUUCUAGCGUUUGGUUUGCUUAAAUUUAGAAACGGGGAAGAUAGGUGUGGGCUAGAGGAUAAUGUGUAUACUCUGUGUUAUUCAAAAGUGGUCUCGCCGGGUUGCGACAAUGCUGCCUUGGUUGGUUAUACCACUUAUAGGCUUAUGGGCUCUCUCUCAGCUGUUGCCACCUGCAUUUCGAUUUGAAAUCACGUCUCCUCGGCUUGCUUGUGUUUUUGUGCUGUUGGUUACUUUGUUUUGGUAUGAGAUUUUGAUGCCCCAGUUAUCGGCUUGGCGGGUGAGGAGAAAUGCACGGCUUAGGGAGAAGAAGAGGUGUGAGGCUUUAGAAUUGCAGAAGCUUCGAAAGACUGCAACAAAAAGGUGUCGUAACUGCUUGACUCCAUAUAGAGAUCAGAACCCAGCUGGUGGUCGGUUUAUGUGUUCUUAUUGCGGGCAUAUAUCAAAGAGGCCUGUUUUGGACGUGCCUGCCCCACCUGGCAUGGGCAUUUCAAAUUCUGGGAUUAUUAAGGAUCUUGUUGGAAAAGCUGGGAACAUACUGAAUGGAAAGGGGUGGUCUGAGAAUGGGUGGAUGUGUGGGCAAGAUUGGUUUGAAAAUGGAAAUUGGGUUGGUGGGCCUGUUGCAGGGAAGUCUAACUACUGGUGGAAGAAUGGGAGUGGUAUUUUUGGUGAAGAUGACACUUGCUCGGCGGAGAAAUCCUAUUCAAGUGUUCUUGUUUCGGCUUGCAAUCUGCUGACAUCAUUUUUCUUGAGCAUUAGGUGGCUUUGGAGAAAGAUUUUUAGGAUCAGUUCUUCAAGGGAUGAUGGUUCUUCUGAUCCAGAACAUGGGGGAAUGUUGGCUAAGAGGGGCGAGAAUGGGACUAACUUUCAUGAGAGCAGGGGAGAGAAGGCGCGAAGAAAAGCUGAAGAGAAGAGACAGGCUAGGUUAGAAAAGGAGCUUUUGGAGGAAGAGGAAAGAAAGCAGAGGGAGGAGGUUGCAAGGUUGGUAGAAGAACGUAGGAGGCUGAGGGAUGAGAAAAUGGAGGCUGAAAAAGAUCACCACAAAUCAUCAAGUCCUACCCAGGAGAUAGAGAGUAAGAAGGAAGCAGAAAAGAAACGCCAGGAGAGAAGGAAAGAAAAAGAUAGGUCAUCUAGUAAGAGCAACUCUGAUGCAGAAGAGCUGGACAAAAGAGCAGGAAAAGAAGCUGAACGGAAGCGUGACUGUGAUAAGAAGAGUGAGAUUGAUCGUCGAGAACAUCAGAAAUCUUGGACAGACAGCAUCAAGACCCACUCUGUGGAAGCAGGACAUGGACUUGGAAUGAAGAGUGCUUCCGCAAAUAAUUUUAGCCGGGGGAAUGUGGGGACCAGAUGCUUAGAUCGUGUGAGGGGUACAUUUAGUGGCGGUAGUUUCUUUGGAAGGGGUACUACAAAUACUCCUGCUGCUAUUAUGAAAGAUGGUAAGACUGACAGUUCCAUUGAUCAUGUCCAUACUUCUGCUAGUAGAAGAGAUUUUUAUCCUCCCGAGCGAGUAUCUGGCAGGUUAACCAUGAAUGGAGAUGAUAAGCACCCCAAUCACCCUGUCAUUUCAGGAUCCCAACUGAUGACAACACCUAAAAAGUCAUGGCAACAAUUAUUUACUCGUUCAUCAUCCAUUCAUCCAUCCUCAAAUACUAGUGUUAUUAGUAGACCAAAUUCUAAGUUGCAGACAGAAGUUCAGAGCCCACCGUUGGCUGCUCAGUCAUCAUCCAUACAAACGUUUGAUAAUCCAAUCAACUUUGGGUUGCCAUCACCCUUUUUAUCUUCCUAUCUGAAUGGAGCUCCCAACAGUAGUUUAGGUUUCUCGUCUGCAAUUGAACCAAUAUUCCCUCGAGUUGUUGAAGGGACUCAGGAAUUUAGACCUGAAGAGCAGGAGCUUUUUGAAGACCCAUCCUAUGUUCCUGAUCCAGUAUCCCUGCUUGGUCCUGUUUCAGAAUCACUUGAUAAUUUUCAGUUGGACGUAGGUACUGGUUUUGUUACAGAGGUGGGAGUGGAGAAGUCAUGCUCCUCAAAGAAUAUCUCUCCUUCUUUGGAAGUUAGCAAGCCUUCUCCCAUUGAGUCUCCAUUAUCAAGAUUACGUGUUGCUGAUGAGAAGCAGAAUAAUUCUAAUAGGUUCCCAAAUGCUGCUAAGGCUCAUGAUCUUCACACUUUCCCUGUGGAUGAUGCAAGUGCACAAGAGAAAGGCACAUGGCAGAUAUGGAAUAGCACACCCCUUUAUCAGGAUAGUCUUGGUUUGGUAGGUGGUCCAGCAAGCUGGCUUUUACCCUUAGAGCAUAAUAGAUCAAACAAAGAGGAAGUCUUGUAUCCUUCAAAUCAGAAGACUAUGGCAUCAUUGUUCACAAAAGAGGACCCUGUGCUUGCUCAUUCUCCUCCGAAUGUUUUUCUUGGUAGUGGCCAGAGUGGUGGAACAUUCAGCCCUGUAUCUGGUUCAACUGAUCAGGAUCCAUGGAAAAAGAGUGCUUUCUUUCAACCCUUGUCUGGCAGUGAUAAUCAUCUUUCUCUCAAACCCCAGGAGGAGAAGAGUGAAGUAAUAUAUGGGAGUCAUGGUGGAUCUGCAGCCAGCCAUUCACUUGACCUGUCCCAAGCAAAUUCUUGGUCUAAAAAGGAAUGGGGAACAGUGCCAGGUUCAGGAGAAGGCAUUGGAAAGACAUUUGUUGCUAGGCCCCAUGUUGGGGGUUUAUUUCCCACCCCUGAUGUACAGUCGUCUCUUUGGUCAUUUGAUUAAAAUAGAAAACGUGACAGUUGAUGGACUAGAGAAAAAAACAUCUCCUGUUCUCUGGAGGCAACCAUCCUCCUUACUACUUAGUUAGGGGAGGGAUUAGAAUACUGGACGCAUUGUAUCUUCCUUCUCUUCUUAUGAGGGAGAUUAACUUUUACUUUACAUUCGCUUAGAUAGGAAUACGCCCGGGCACGCAUUCACCCUGAUCCGAAGGUAACAGCGACAGCUAGAGCGCUAGAGCUGUUAGUGUUGAUGCAUUGCUUGAUUCUUUUAGCUAAUCAUCUUAUCUGCUGCCGGGAAGAGGGUGGCCCCCCCAAUUUUGAUGGUAGUAGAUUUGUUCUUCUGGCAGGUGAAAGCUAUUCCUU